AUGUCAACAUCACAGGUCCCAGAUGACUUCCUUCGAGGACCAGCACAAAACGCCACAGUCCAUCAUAUCGACUUUACCAAAACAACGCCUGCCAUUUUAGCGUUCAAGAACAAUUUUGCCGCUGUGAUCGACAACUUUCUAACUGAGGCAGAAUGUGCCGAGCUUCUACAGCUUGCAGAGAAAUCCACGAGUCCCGACUCGAAGACAAUUGCUCCAGUUUGGGAACGCGCGAUGAUCAACGCAGGCGGGGGUAAACAGAUCAUGUCCGUUGACAGCCGCAAGAGCGCACGAAUUAUCUUCGACUCCUCGGAUAUUGCACAGCGAAUGCUCGAUCGUCUACAGCCAUUUAUGCGCGAUUUCGACCUCGAUAAGAUACACAACAAACCCCUUAUUACGGGUCUCGGCCCCGCGAGACGGGGGAGACGGGGAGACUAUUUUCGGCCACAUUGGGAUGGGUGUUAUGUUACUCCUGAUGGCAAGGAACGGUCGCUUCUUACUAUUCAGCUGUACUUGAAUGGGGAUGGCGAGCAAAAUUUGAAUGAGUUGAUACCGGAGAUUGAGCGUGCUGAGAAGAACAACGCGCUCUUUGUGCAGGAUGGAGAGGUUGACUUGAAUGAUAUUGUAGAAGAUCGGCCCGAUUCUCCCCGUUAUGCGUCUACAGCUGCAGAGUCGCUAAAAGAAAAUGAGAAGUUGCUUGGCGGGGCUACUUCAUUCACCGACGAUUAUCGAGCACGAGACGUCGUGCGCGUGUUUCCCAAAGCGGGCUCAUUAUUGAUUUUCCAGCAGCGAAAUUUGAUGCACUGUGGUGAUGAUGUCUUUCGAGGUGUGAAGUAUACUGUUCGGUCGGAUGUGAUGUAUACAUGUGCAAGCGAGUCGGGGAAUGAAUAG